AUGACAUAUUAUACUGCUGCCUCGAAGCAAUGGCGUCAAUUUAAUUUUUUCGACGCUCAGCAGGUUAGAGAUCCUAUUGAUCCGUCGAAAUCGCCGUCCAUAUUUCAGCAAGCAGAUAUAACGGUCUCAACGAGUUCAAUAUAUAUUGUCGACAGAUCGUACAAUGUACAAUCAUUUGUUGCAUAUGAUGGCGGACGCGUUACUCAUAUGAAACAAAUGAAACAGAAGAAUAUCCUUGUCACAAUUGGAGAAGACGAUCCAAUGUCAUCAUCUCCGAUAAUUAAAAUCUGGGAACUUGACAAACAGGACAGAUCAAAAAAUGCACCAACAUGUCGGCGAACAAUUAAGGUUGAAACCAAAUCAAAACCGUUCCCUGUAUCGACAUUUGCCGUUUUAGAGAAUAUGAGUCAAAUUGCUGUGGGGUUGGCAAAUGGAAAUGUUGUAUUGAUUAGGGGAGAUAUACAAAGGGAGAGAUCGACUAAACAGAGGAUUGUGUAUGAAGGUGAAGAACCAGUUACCGGUCUCGGAUUUAGGGAACAAAAUAAGAGUGUGAUUCUUUUCAUCGUGACGACUACUAAAGUAUUGAUGUACACAACUGGAGCAAAAAAUCCAUUAACUGUAAUUGAUGAACAAGGCUGUGCAUUGGGAUGUGCUAUAAUGAAUGACAUUACUCAUGAAAUGAUUAUUGCGAGAGACGAAGCUAUAUACUUCUAUGGUCCUGAGGGACGAGGUCCUUGUUAUUUCUAUGAAGGCGCAAAAGCGUCAGUGUCUUGGUUCAAGUCCAAUCUCGUAAUAGUCUCUCCACCCGUAACUCAACCCGCCCGUGUCGCUUCGGCACGCGCACUGUCGUCUUCUGCGGCGCCACUAGAAUAUACGAAAGUGGCGAUAUUCGAUACUGCCAAUAAGUUUAUAGCUUACACGGGAAAUUUUUCGCAGGGAGUUAGAACAGUGACUUCCGAGUGGGGGGCUGUUUUUGUACUGGGGAUGGAUGGGAAGCUGUACAAACUGGAAGAGAAAGAUACCCCGACUAAAUUGGAAAUAUUAUUUAAGAAGAAUUUGUAUCUACUCGCAAUUAAUCUAGCUCAUAGUCAGAAGUAUGAUGACGCAAGCAUAUCCGAAAUAUUUAAGAAAUAUGGCGAUCAUUUGUACAGUAAGGGAGAUUAUGAUAAUGCCAUGUCGCAGUAUAUUCGUACAAUCGGGCAGCUUGAGCCAUCUUAUGUUAUUAGAAAGUUUUUAGAUGCACAAAGAAUCCAUAAUUUGGUAAACUAUCUUCAAGAAUUGCACUCAAAGAAUCUCGCAAAUACGGAUCAUACGACCUUAUUACUCAACUGUUACACGAAGCUAAAAGACGUCGCUAGGUUGGAUCAGUUUAUUAAGACUGACAAUGAAUUGACCUUUGAUUUGGAAACAGCGAUCAAAGUCUGUCGGCAAGCUGGAUAUUAUGAACACGCUCUUUAUUUGGCAAAAAAAUUCGAAGAACAUGACUUAUAUCUCAAAAUACAGAUAGAAGAUGUCAAGGAUUAUGUAAAUGCAUUGGAGUACAUUCGCAAGCUAGGCCCAACGGAGGCCGACCGCAACCUUCAAAAAUACGGCAAAAUUUUACUCAAUCAUAUUUCUGUAUCUACAACACAACUUUUAAUCGACCUCUGCACCGGUAACCUUCUUAUCGCCAACCAACAGAGUACCCCACCUGCCGUCACACCACAACCUUCCGUCACUCAAUCUCCGAUUCCCAUUCUUCCAUCCUACGCAUUUUUACAGUUCGGCAACUCCGCUUCAGCUCAAGCGCACCCAUUACCACAACUGGAGACAGAUAAGGCAUUUGAGUCACCUCGCGUAACGCAAAAAGGCAAAUCUCCCCUCAGCUACCGACUGCCCCCAGUGACUAGAUUUAUGUCGCUGUUUGUGGAUCAGCCAAACUAUCUUAUACAAUUUCUGGAACAAGUAUCGGCGAAACGAUGGAAAGGAUUCGGGCCAUCAAAGAAAGGUAUAACACCCGCAAAAGCGAUCGCUUUAGGUGCAAGACAUCCAUCUGAUAGUGCAUCCGACGAAGUAAAAUCCGAUUCGAAAGGUUUCAUUGACGAAAUCGACGCUGAAGCUGAACAGAAAAAGGCCGUUUGGAACACACUUUUGGAAUUAUAUCUUAGUGAAGCCUAUUUACCGCCUGUGGUGAGCAGUAAAGAUAGGAAGGGAAGAAAGAACGCAGCACCCGGAAGCUUCGUGGUUACUAGCGAGAAAGAAAGAUACAAGGAACGUUUGGCGAGGAGGGACAAUGCAAUGAAGUUGCUGAAGGAUGAAGAGGUCGAAUACGAUUGUAAUGCAGCUUUGGUGCUCUGCCAUCUUGCUCAAUUCGAUGAUGGUAUUAUAUAUUUGUAUGAAAAAACGCAAAUGUACGAAGAAAUUCUCCGUUUCCAUAUGGCAAAGGACAAUACUGAUAAGGUCAUGCAAGGGUUACGGAAAUACGGGCCACACGACCAAUCUUUAUAUCCACUGGUCCUCACAUAUUUCUCUUCCUCUCCCACAAUUCUUGCUUCUUCAACCGCCGAACUUCUACAAAUUCUCGAUUACAUCGACGCUCACAAUCUCUUACCGCCUCUUCAAAUCAUCCAAGCAUUGAGUAGGAAUUCAGUCGCUACGCUAGGAAUGGUUACCAAAUGUACUGCUUGCGGGGGCACAUUAGAUUUGCCAGCCAUACAUUUCCUAUGUAGACAUUCAUAUCACCAAAGGUGCCUACCUGAUACGGACCGAGAAUGCCCCAAAUGUGCCGUGGAACACAGAUUCCUCGCUGAAGUUCGUCGUAAACAAGAGAUAAAUGCGGAAAAACACGAUUUAUUUGUACAGCAGCUUGAAGACGCGGAAGACGGAUUCUCUGUUAUUGCAGAUUAUUUCUCUAAGAAUACGAUGGCAUUUACUAAAUUGAUUGAUUAA